AUGGAGUUCAACGGAUCCGCGUUGACGGUCACCACUGUCGCUCCUCAUGCCAUGACGACCUUGUCACCAGCGCAGCUCAAAUCCAUGGCGGAUAUGUACUGGCUCAAGCAGUUCCAGAUCCUUCAAAUUGUGUACACGGUCAGCUACGGGAUCAUGUUCGGGCUGUCCAUGUCAUUGCUCGUAUACCUCCGCCGCAAUCGGUCCACGGCGUACAAGGGCAACGCCAACGCCGGGCGCAAAGUGAUCUUGCCGAGCUUCGAGCCGCUUUUUUGGGUCAUUGCGGCACUUACGGGCGUGUACUUUUGCUACUUUCUUGCCGCGUCCUCCAUCGACUACGUGACCCCAGUCACCAUCAGUUGGUUCACAGAGACAGUGUCGCAAGGUCGUCAGUUUACGUUCUUCGUCGUCGCGGCCUUUUUGCUGCAAAAGAGCGUGUCUCGCCCCGCGCUUGUGCGCUCCAUGGUCAUUGCCGCCGCGAUCACUGUCAUUCCCAUCAUCUCCGUGCGCAUCCUUGAUGUGACAGCGGCAUCGACGCAAACGUCCUUCGCGGUCACGAGUCUUCUUCGAGCCUUCGACACGAUGUGGUUUGUCUGGAUGUUGGUUCGACCUGUGUCGCGGGCCAGUGUCCGUACCCAGCGGGAGUUUGCCUUGUUUGCGCUGGUGUACUAUGCCAGCUCGUACGUGUAUGCGGUGCUAAUAUUGAUGCACAACUACACGGACAGCGCCAUGGUGGUAUUUUGCACGGUGAUAUGGGCGUCGUUUGCUCCCUUCUUCGUGUGGCGGCUCUUACGGGCGGAUACAGAACACUGGCGAGGAUUCAGCGAGCGUGCGUGUGAGUUUCAGCAACAUUUCCGGGAAAACCAAGGCAUGCAGGAAAUCGUGUCGGCCCAGGGGCUGCAUGUGUUGCUCGAGAUGCAUCGCAAAGACCUCAUCGAUUUCGCCCACUUGGAGCUCCAGCAAGUGCUAGGUGUGGGGGCGUCUGCCAACGUGUACCGCGGCAAGUUACACUCGUCCACUCAGGUGGCGGUGAAAGUGUACUCUCCGACGGAGAUCUCCGAGUCGACGAUCUUGGAGUUCUCCCAAGAAGCCGCCCUCUGCACGGCACUAAAACACCCCAACAUUGUGCUAUUUCACGGCAUGUGCAUCUGCCCUCCGUCCAUUUGUCUAGUGUACGAACUGUGUCGCGGCAGCCUCGAAGAUGCGCUGCGUAAUUCCCUCAACAACGACCACACCGAACCUCUUUGGCCCAAGCUGUGUUACAUGCUGGAUGCCGCCAGAGCAGUCGCGUACUUCCACAGCUUUUCCCCGCCCUUUAUCCAUCGCGACAUCAAGCCCGCCAACUUCCUCCUGGACGCAUCCAACGUGGUCAAGCUCACCGACUUUGGCGAGUCUCGCAGCAUGGCGUUCACGAUUGAAGACAUUGCCAACGACAAUCGGGCGAUGACAGUACGGGGCACUGUCGACUACAUGGCCCCCGAGAUCAUCGAUGGCAAGCAAGGCCAGGCUUUGUACACGGAGACGGCGGACAUCUACAGCCUGGCCAUCACCCUGUGGGACAUCCUCCACCCCGGGCGAGAAAAGUUCCCCAACAGCAACCAAAACCAUCUCAACAUCUUUCGCAUGGUGCUGAACGGCCAGCGCCCCCCCAUCGACCCGGAAAUCCCCCAAACGCUACAAGAUUUACUCGAAAACUGCUGGAACUCGGACCCGAUCUUCCGUCCGUCGGCGAAAAUGGUCGUGGCCGUGCUCGAAGACAUGCAGGAGGACUUGUGUGGUCAAGUGUCGCAUCACUUGAGCGGAUUUAUCACGUGCUUGGGAACCCAAAAGGGAACUAAGUACACGACGACCCCCCCAGUUUUCACUGGGGAAGUGCUGGCCCGGUGCUUUUUCGAGCACAAGUAUGCGUUUGAGAAAGAGGAAGCGAUUCGAUUCGGCAAUGCGCUCAUGGAUGCCGGGUCUUUGCAUCACGCCAAGCACAACAAACCGUUCGAGUCGUCAGCGACCACCACGUACUACUUCGACUCGCAGCAACUCGACUUGAAUCGAAUCAACCGAUGCAGGAAAAGGUGUCGACCUUGGGGGUCGCGGCGGACGAAAGCAGCACGUCGUCCCACGCGGCCACGUCCACGGCCGGCGACGGAUCUGGCUUGUGUGAGUGUCGAAAGCUAG